UCCCCGCCCCGGGGCUCGAUCCGCCCGCCGCGCCGGAGCCACGGAGGCCGGGCCCAGGCGCCGGCGCCAUGCCGCGCAGCCCCACGUCCAGUGAGGACGAGAUGGCCCGCAGCGUCUCCGACUACUCCCUGGGCUCCGAGUCCGACAGCUCCAAGGAGGACACCGUCUACGACACCGUCCGGGCCCCGGCGGGCAGGCCGGGCCCCGCGCUGGUCAUCCGCAUCAUCAUCCAGGACCUGCAGCAGACGAAGUGCCUCCGCUUCGACCCCGACGCCACGGUGUGGGUGGCCAAGCAGCGGGUGCUGUGCUCGCUGAACCAGAGCCUCAAGGACGUGCUCAACUACGGGCUGUUCCAGCCGGCCCGCGCCGGCCGCGCCGGCAAGUUCCUGGACGAGGAGCGGCUGCUGCGCGAGUACCCGCAGCCCGCCGGCCCCGGCGUGCCCGCCCUGGAGUUCCGGUACAAGAGGCGGGUGUAUGGACAGCGCCCCCCGGACGAGAAGCAGCUGGCCAGGCUGCACAGCAAGACCAGCCUGCGGAAAUGCAUGGACUACGUGCAGCACCGCUCGGUGGAGAAGAUGGUGAAGAUGCUGGACCGGGGCCUGGACCCGAACUUCCACGACCUGGACACGGGCGAGGCGCCCCUGACCCUGGCGGCCCAGCUGGAGGACUCGGCGGAGGUGAUCAAGGCGCUGCGGAACGGCGGGGCGCACCUGGACUUCCGCGCCCGGGACGGGCUGACCGCGCUGCACAAGGCCGCCCGCGCCCGCAACCAGGCGGCCCUCAAGACCCUCCUGGAGCUGGGCGCGUCCCCCGACUACAAGGACAGCUGCGGCCUCACCCCGCUCUACCACACGGCCAUCGUGGGCGGCGACCCCCGCUGCUGCGAGCUGCUGCUGCGGGAGCGGGCGGCCGUGUGCUGCCCGGACGAGAACGGCUGGCACGAGAUCCACCAGGCCUGCAGGUACGGGCACGUGCAGCACCUGGAGCACCUGCUCUUCUACGGGGCGGACAUGGGGGCGCAGAACGCCUCUGGGAACACGGCCCUGCACAUCUGCGCCCUCUACAACCAGGACAGCUGUGCGCGGGUGCUGCUGUUCCGGGGCGGCGACAAGGAGCUGAAGAACUACAACAGCCAGACCCCCUUCCAGGUGGCGAUCAUCGCGGGCAACUUCGAGCUGGCGGAGUACAUCAGGAGCCACAAGGAGACCGACGUGGUGCCCCUCAUGCCAACCAGGAGGACCGUCUCCGGGGCACCUCCUCCCUCCCGCUGCCCCUCCGGCGGCUGGGCCCCGCCCUGCAUCGCGGAGGAGCCGGCUGGCCUGUGUCCCCCGGCCCCGGGCCUGCACAGGAGCUGCAGCGGGGAGCAGGCCCCCUGGACCGGCAGCGUGCCCUUCCGCGAGGCCCCGGCCUACACCAACCGCCGGCGCCGGCCCCCCAGCUCGCUGGCCGCCCCCCGCGUGCUGCUGCGCUCCAACAGCGACAACAACCUCACCGCCAACGCGCCCGCCUGGGCCGCCGGGCCCGCCCAGCGCAGCCUCUCCCCGCAGCCGCUGCAGCCCGCGCCCGGCCCGGCCGACGCCCCGCGGGCCGUGGGCAGCUACGUGCCCGGGCCCCGCAGCCGCUCCCCGUCGCUGCACAGGCUCGGUGGCGCUGGCGAGGAUGGCAAGAGGCCCCUGCAGCCCUGGCCCGCGGGGCCGGCCUUCCCGCCCGGGGCCCACAAGGACGCGCCCUCCGCCGCCCAGCACCCGGGGCCCAAGCGGAAGCUGUACAGCGCGGUGCCCGGGAGGCUCUUCGUCGUCGUCAAGCCGUACCAACCCCAGGCCGACGGCGAGAUCCCCCUCCACCGGGGCGACAGGGUCAAAGUCCUGAGCAUCGGCGAAGGCGGCUUCUGGGAAGGCAGCGCCCGCGGCCACAUCGGGUGGUUCCCGGCGGAGUGCGUGGAGGAGGUGCAGGGCCGGCCCCGGGACAGCCAGGCAGACACGCGUGCGGACCGCAGCAAGAAGCUGUUCCGGCACUACACCGUGGGCUCCUACGACAGCUUCGACGCCGGCAGCGACUGCACCAUCGAGGAGAAGGCGGUGGUCCUGCAGAAGAAGGACAAUGAGGGCUUCGGGUUUGUCCUGCGCGGGGCGAAAGCGGAUACGCCCAUCGAGGAGUUCACGCCGACGCCGGCGUUCCCGGCCCUGCAGUACCUGGAGUCCGUGGACGAAGGCGGGGUGGCCUGGCAGGCCGGCCUGAGGACCGGGGACUUCCUGAUCGAGGUGAACAGCGAGAACGUGGUGAAGGUCGGGCACCGGCAGGUGGUGAACAUGAUCCGCCAGGGAGGGAACCACCUGGUCCUCAAGGUGGUCACGGUCACCAGGAGCCUGGACCCCGAUGACACCACCAGGAAGAAAGCGCCCCCGCCUCCCAAGCGCGCUCCGACCACGGCGCUCACGCUGCGCUCCAAGUCCAUGACCUCGGAGCUGGAGGAGCUGGUGGAUAAAGCCUCGGUCCGGAAGAAGAAGGAUAAGCCCGAGGAGAUCGUGCCCGCCGCCAAGCCCUCCCGUGCCGCCGACAGCGUGGCCGUGGAGUCCCGCGUGGCCACCAUCAAGCAGCGGCCCUCCAGCCGGUGCUUCCCGUCCGUGUCCGACGUGAACUCCGUGUACGAGCGCCAGGGCAUCGCCGUGAUGACGCCCACUGUGCCCGGGAGCCCGAAGGGCCCGUUCCUGGGCCUCCCUCGAGGUACGAUGCGAAGGCAGAAGUCAAUAGACAGCAGACUGUUUCUGUCAGGAAUAACGGAGGAGGAGCGGCAGUUCCUGGCUCCUCCGAUGCUGAAGUUCACCAGGAGCCUGUCCAUGCCGGACACGUCCGAGGACAUCCCCCCACCCCCGCAGUCCGUGCCCCCGUCUCCCCCGCCCCCCUCCCCCACCACCUACAACUGCCCCAAGUCCCCGACGCCCAGGGUCUACGGCACCAUCAAGCCCGCCUUCAACCAGAACCCCGCGGCCAAGGUGUCGCCGGCCACGCGCUCGGACACGGUGGCCGCCGUGAUGCGGGAGAAGGGGCUGUUCUACCGCCGGGAGCUGGACCGCUACUCGCUGGACUCCGACGACCUCUACGGCCGCACCCCCGCCGUCCAGGCCGGCGCCCGCGGCCGGCGGGGGCAGAUGCCCGAGAACCCGUACUCGGAGGUGGGCCGGAUCGCCAGCAAGGCGGUGUACGUGCCGGCCAAGCCCGCGCGGCGCAAGGGCACGCUGGUGAAGCAGUCCAACGUGGAGGACAGCCCCGAGAAGGCCUGCUCCAUCCCCAUCCCCACCAUCAUCGUCAAGGAGCCCUCCACCAGCAGCAGCGGCAAGAGCAGCCAGGGCAGCAGCGUGGAGACCGACCCCCCGGCUCCCGAGCCGCCCGGCCAGCUGCGGCCGGACGACGGCCUGGCCGUCAGCAGCCCCUUCGCGGCCGCCAUCGCCGGGGCCGUGCGGGACCGGGAGAAGCGGCUGGAGGCCAGGAGGAACUCGCCCGCCUUCCUGUCCACGGACCUGGGGGACGAGGACGUGGGUCUGGGGCCGCCCACCCCCCGGGCACAGCCCCUCGAGUUCCCCGAGGAGGGCGCUUUUGGCGAGGAGGAGGGCGCCGAGCAGCUGGUGUUGCCCGCCUCGCCGGGGGCAGUGCCCAGGGAGCCGGAGAGCCAUUUGGUGGGUGGCGGCGAGGCCAGAGCUCAGGGUGAGGCCGGGAGGCUGCCGAACACGUCCAAAGCCAAGUGUCCCGAGGGCAGCCCCGUGGGGCCCCCCAAGGGCGGCACCACGAGCCCCGAGAACUACGUGCACCCGCUGACGGGGCGGCUGCUGGACCCCAGCUCCCCGCUGGCCCUGGCGCUCUCCGCGCGGGACCGAGCCAUGAAGGAGGCCCAGCAGGGCCCCAAGGGGGAGGCCCCCAAGGCCGACCUCAACAAACCCCUCUACAUCGAUACCAAAAUGCGGCCCAGCGCGGAGGCGGGCCUCCCCUCGGCCGCCAGGCAGGGCGCGCGCGGGCCGCUGCGGCGCCAGGAGACGGAGAACAAGUACGAGAGCGGCCCGGGCCGGGACCGCAAGGGCGAGGACCGCAAGAACAUGCUCAUCAGCAUCGUGGACACGUCCCAGCAGAAGCCGGCCGGCCUGCUCAUGGUCCACACGGUGGACGCCGCCGCGCCCGGCAGCCGCCUGGAGGCGGGGGGCGAGGACGCCGCCGCGGAAGCCACGCCGGGCCGCCCGCUGCCCGCGGUGCCGGAAGGCGUUCCCGAAACCGAAGGUGCUUUACCGAUCGCCGCCGGCCCCGAGCCCGCGGCCACCACGCCCGGCAGGACCAUGGUGGCGGCGGGCUCCCUGGAGGAGGCGGUGAUCUUGCCAUUCCGCAUCCCGCCCCCGCCGCUGGCGUCCGUGGACCUGGACGAGGACUUCGCCUUCACUGAGCCAUUGCCGCCCCCCCUGGAGUUCGCCAACAGCUUCGACAUCCCCGACGACCGCUUCGCCUCCGUGCCCGCCCUCGCGGGCCCGUCCCCGCAGGACAGGAAUGGCGCCGCCCCGGCCCCCGCGCCGAACCCCAGCCAGCCCGCCGGCUCCGCCGACGGCAAGACGCAGGCCGGCCUCCCCAACUGCCUGCCGGCCCCGCUCCUGCCACCGCCCGAGAGCUUCGACACCGUCACGGACUCGGGCAUCGAGGAGGCGGACAGCCGCAGCGGCAGCGACCACCCCCUGGAGACCACCAGCACCGUCUCCACCGUGUCCAGCAUCUCCACGCUGUCCUCCGAGGGCGGCGAGAGCGUGGACACCUGCACGGUCUACGCGGACGGGCAGGCGUUCGUGCUGGACAAGCCCCCCGUCCCGCCCAAGCCCAAGGUGAAGCCCAUGGUCCACAAAGGCAACGCGCUCUACCAGGACGCGCUGGCGGAGGAGGAGGCCGACGGCUUUGUGCCCCCGCCCGCGCCGCCCCCCCCGCCCGGCGGGGCCCAGCCCGGGGCCGGGAAGGGGGUCCAGCCGAGGACCUCCAAGCUGUGGGGCGACGUCUCCGAGGUGAGGAGCCCCAUCCUCUCCGGCCCGAAGGCGAACGUGAUCAGCGAGUUGAACUCGAUCCUGCAGCAAAUGAACCGAGAGAAACUGGCCAAGCCGGGCGAGGGCGUGGACGCGCCCACGGGGACCAAGCCGGCCGGCCUCGCUCCCAGGAGCCCGGAGGUCAUGAGCACCGUCUCAGGGACACGGAGCACGACGGUCACCUUCACCGUCCGCCCCGGGACCUCGCAGCCCAUCACCCUGCAGAGCCGGCCCCCCGACUGCGACAGCAGGACCUCAGGAACCAGACGUGCCCCGAGCCCCGUGGUCUCGCCCACGGAGAUGAGCAGGGACAUCCUGCCCGCCCCGCUCCCCGCCACCGUGGCAUCCCCUUCCCCCACCCUCUCCGAGGUCUUCAGCCUCCCGGGCCCGCCCGCGGCCGGGGACCUGUUCGGCCUGAGCCCCGGGGGGCGCAGCCGGUCGCCGUCCCCCUCGGUCCUGCAGCCGCCCCUCUCCGGUAAGCCUUUCACCACGAAGCCCGUGCACCUGUGGACCAAGCCCGACGUGGCCGACUGGCUGGAGAGCCUGAACCUGGGCGAGCACAAGGAGAUGUUCCUGGACAACGAGAUCGACGGCAGCCACCUGCCCAGCCUGCAGAAGGAGGACCUCAUCGACCUGGGCGUGACGCGCGUCGGGCACCGCAUGAACAUCGAGAGGGCCCUGAAGCAGCUGCUGGACAGAUAAGGGCGGCUGCGCGGGCCCCACAGACUCCGUCAGACGCGGAGAGGGCUCCGCGGCGGGCUGGGCUCCUGGCGCCCAAAGCAGCGCGGGCGGCGGGCCCAGCGCCUGCGGGUCUGCUGGGCUGUGUCCACGGGGCACGGAGGGCGUUUUCUAACCAGAGGGCGACGCACAGCCGCGCGGCGGCCCGGCCUGCAGGCCGAGGGGCGACCCGCUCCCCAUGUGCCCCAUCCCUCCCGCCGGCGGCUCCGUGCUCGCCCGCUCCGCCCUCCUGCGCUUCGCCCGCCGUGCGGGGCCGAGUGGACAGGAGGGGAGAGAAGCCUCCUCGGCCGCCUCCCGCCUCCGAGACGUGGGCCAGGGCUCCUGGGCCGAGGGCCUGGCAGCGGAGUGGACCGGGAUCGUGAGCCGUGCUUAGCUUGCUUGUUUUCUUUCUGCAAAUCCACUCGCAUGAUUCCCAAGUGGCCGGACACGUCACGGCGUUAGUCAAAGCACAAAGUCACGAUUCCGAGGAGGAGGGGCUUUUCACGGAGAGGGUGUGGCAUUCGGCCCGGCAGAGCCUGGGCUCCCACUCUGGCGUGAGGGACGAGAGGCGGUGAAUGUCGGCCACAUGCUGUUGGCUGCGGCCUGAGCAGGUGGCACGGCGGGCCUCCCUUCUCCCGUGUCCAGGACCCCACCACCUUGUCUUAAUGGGACCACAGUGUUUGAGAAUCGGGGUGUGGCCGGGCCUGGGGAGACGGUGGGCUGUAGGGGGAGGGUAUGAGGCAGGGGUCGCAGGAAGCCCACCGCCUCCCCGGCCAGGCUGUCGUCAGCCCUGCCUCCCCCAGAGCUCCCUCCCCUGUGACCACACCUCUUUUUGCCAAGGGAGGUCACCAGUCAGGCUUCCAGCACAUUCUCCCCUUUUGGAAGGAACUGGAAUGUCAGGUUUGGGGCUUUUGUUAUGAUUUCAGAACUAGCCUGGCCCAUCUCCAAUUACAAAAACACAAUUUUCUCUUUCUUUGCGCUCACAACCAGGCGUCUCACUAGGUCUGGAUCAGCUAUAGGACGAACACGUAACAUUUAGCGGUUUAAAUUCUUCACUGCGAGUUUAGUUGUACAGAUAGUUCAUAAGCACAACCUUCUAGGAAAACCACCGCGGCUGCCUCCCGCGCGGCCUCUGUGCUGGCUCCGUGCUCGAGGUCCGAGAGCCACGUCUGUGACUGCUGUGGCCUCGUCACCGGGCGACCUUCUCCACUCCAGCUCCUCCGGACGCAUCGGAACCCGCCGGCUGUGCUGCAACUGCGUCAUCAAAGGACAAUUAUUCAGGUGGUUACGGUACUCAGUGCAGCAGUUUCUCAGCACGCUCACACACGUAUGCACACACAUACACGUGCACACACCCAUUUCCAGCCACAGGCACUGAGUGGGAAGCCGGAGUGGACCUCCUGCAGGCCCAGCUCCGCCCCAACCCCAAGUCGGUGGAACGUCAAGGCUCUUUCCGUCCACGCCCUUUCCGUUCCCGUCCAGGACGCGGGUGGCCGGCGAGGCUGGCAUGGUUCUGGAAGCCAUUCCCGUCGCCCGUCCGUCCGUCAGCUCCCUGCUUUCCUUUGCGUCUGCGGCCCUCUGUGCUCAGUGCCACGGCCAAUGCCAGGCCGGGCGGGAGGGGACCGGACGCGGUGGCCGUGGGUCCCGUCGGUGAGAGCUCGCUGUGCACACCCCCCAGAAGCCCGCGGAAGAGGCCGAAGAGCCGAGGGAACCGCUCACUGUCGCCCUCUCGUUCUCGCAGAGUGACAGGACCCGUCGGGACCUGCGCUGACCACAAGGGACCCUUCUUGCCAAAAUGAACCCACCUCUCGCUCCGCUCCACUCAGUGACCUUGCUCCAGCAAUAGCCCUCGUCCGAGCCGCCCCCUGGCCGCCCGGGCCCGGCGGGGCCAGGCCUGCUCCGCGCGGAACCACGCCCGAUGCUCACACAGGACCAUGUGGACACUAUCCCAGGUUUCAAGAUCAACUUUUGUUACAUACUGUAAUUUAAAUAAAGCGCAUUUACAAGCCUAGUUUCUGUAAUAUUGUGUACACAGAACCAAACCUCUCGGAUGUAAAUUUUGUAUCUCCGCCAGCCCCUCCCCGGGGCACCCACACUUCAGUUGAUUCACACACCACAGAGGUGACGCGGUGGCUCGGUUUGCCGAACCCUGCAUAUCACGGUGAGCUAUCUGUGGGACUUCCGUCAGAAAACGGUGACUUCCCCCUGAGUUUCUGAGCGAGCAAGCAUUGCCCGGGGGGUCCGGCAAGGACAUUUCUGUGGGGCCACAAAUACUGAUCUUUUUUCCCCAUUAACCUUUGUUUUCUGUUUUUUAGAGAAUCUGUUUCACACCACACUUUGUACACCGUGUCCACACUCUCUGUCGCUGUUACUUUUGUGCUUUAAUUCUUUUUAGACUUUAUUAAAAACAAAGACAAGCCCCUGUCAUUUGCACUUUCUCCUGACCCUUCCAUCUCUUGUAUGGCAACCAAAUUCUGUAAAAAUAAAUAUCCUAUUGCACUA